GCUGACUCUUUAAUUAGAAAUGGUAACCUUGAGAUAGAUGUUAGUGUUUUGCUUAUUGCUCGUUGCUACUAACGGGCCUUGAGCAUCGAUUGUUUUUACGAACGGAAUUUGACCGCCGGGUUUCUAUGGUGGUAUUGAGAUGAAUUGCUUCAAACUUGCAUCUAAUUACAAGACAUGGCUUGCCUACCUGAGUAGGGGGGUAGGCAGUAAUGAUAUUAAUGCAUUGCCCUUAUUAUCCCAUUCCUCGCGGCGCAGCAGCAACUAUCACUUAUUAUUUGUGUAGCCGUCUUCCCCAUCUUUUCAUUGGGUACUUUCAGUCUGCUAUUGUGUCGUUUUGUCGUUUUUCUUCUUGGUAAAUCCCCGUUCUGCAAAAAAAUUGUGCAAACAUAGAACAAUCAUGGUUAAGGGCACUGUCAUAGUGACCGGCACUGGUGGUGGUAUUGGUAGCUCUAUCGUCUCACACAUUCAAAUGUCGCCUGACCUUGCUCCAUACCAUGGCAUCUACACAGUGCGCAAUCUGUCAUCUCAUCCCGUGCAUCUCUCUGCCCCCCGCGCCAGUACUUCGGUGCACUCUUUCGAAACGAUAUCGUUAGAGCUAUCGAACCUUGCUAGCAUCCGUGAGUUCGCGGUUACAAUCAAUGCACGAGUUGCAGCUGGCGAAAUCCCACCCAUCCGCGCCCUCAUUUUAAAUGCUGGAUACCAAGAGCUCGAUGCACAGCGAUCAACCGAUGACGGGUUUGUUCUAACAUUCGUUGUCAACUACUUGGGCCAUUGGUUGUUGGUUCUAUUGUUACUGCAGAGCAUGGAUCGUGAUAUGGGCAGGAUCGUGGUACUUGGAAGCAAGGCACAUGAUCCCCUUUUGAAGCAAAAUGACCGACCUUUUAAGGACGAGAAGUGGAAGACUAUAUUCGAUGAUAGCACCGAUCCUAUUGCCAAAGGUACUUGGAGUACAUUUGCGGAGGAUCCAUCAUGGAUGAGUGGUAUGCGGAGAUAUGGUGCCUCUAAACUCUGUGCUGUUAUGAUGAUCGAGGAACUGCAACGGCGUCUUGAUGUCGAUCCCAAACUGAAGAACAUCUCAGUACUUGGCGUGGAUCCAGGCACCGUGCCAACUGGUCUUUCGCGUCAUAGUCCUUGGUUCAUUCGCGUUUUAAUGUUUCAAAUUAUCUUCCCUUUUGUAGCAAUUUUGCAAGCGUGGCACAAUCCCAAAGGAAACAAUAGUAUUCGCACAGCUAGCAAGUCGGCUGUUGACGUUCUGGCAGCUGCCUUUGACAGUAAUCCAUUGCUUGGAGAGCGGCCAAAGGGUCUCUAUCUUGACGGUUCGGAACGAAGCGAAACAAGUGCUGAGUCGAAGGAUCCGCAGAAAAGAGACAUGUUGUGGAAGGACAGCGUGAGAUAUACGCAGUUGAGUGGGCACGAAACAAUGCUUGUAAAUUGGGAGUAAACGGAAGAUCUUAUGCUUCGCUCUCUUAGUUAUUUCAAUUUUUGAUGUUUUUAUUUAUUUAUAAUGGAAGUGUGAACA